AUGCUUCCCCCAAAACAGGGACUGACAAGAUCGUCUAGAAUUGCACAGCCCACACGUAUGCAGGUUGUGGUGAGAGUGCGGCCACCUACGAAGACAGAGCUGGAAUCUGGUGUCGGGAACCUCACGUUCCUUGAAAACUCUAUACAGGUAAAAGCCAAUGCAACAAAGCGGCAAUCUCAGGUUAUAGAUGAACCUGUCAUCGCUGAUAACACACAGACCCGAGAGAGGAGAUUCACUUUCGAUCACCUCUUCGAGCCUUCCUCCACUCAGGCGGAGGUUUACUAUUCGAUUGGGCAAGAUCUUGUCGAUGCAGCCCUUUCUGGAAUCAAUGCAGCCCUCAUGUGCUACGGUGUCACGGGUUCUGGCAAAACGUAUUCCCUGUCUAACCUGACCCCAAACCACGAGGGCCUAGUAGUCCGUUGCUGCUCUCAUCUUUUCAACAAGGCUGCGGAAGAGAACACAGACAUAUCUAUUUCGGUCAGCUAUUACCAAAUUUAUCUUGAGCAGGUCUAUGAUCUGUUGGCCUUUGAGGCAGGAGAAACUGGACCCCAGGUUAAGUCGAUAGAGCAGCGCACAAAGAAGCUCUCGGAUCCAAAGCAGUUCAUUCCUGGGCUUCCUGUCCGGGAAAAUAGGGACGGAACAGUUUUUGUGGAGUCUCUUUCCUCGCACAUUUGUAGGUCAAUGAGUGAGCUUCAGCAGCUACUAGCAAUAGGAGAAAACAAUAAGAUUUUUGCGGCAACGCAGAUGAACCAGGCUAGCUCCCGCUCUCACGUUAUUCUAGACUUAAAAAUCACGAUAAAUAGCGGCAUGUCCGGCUCACAUUCUCGAUUUACAACGGAGAAGUACACCAGCAACUUCCUAUUUGUCGACUUAGCUGGAUCUGAGCGGCAAUCUAAGACGGAAGCCGCUGGGCGUCGUUUGGAGGAGGCUAAAUUUAUUAACAAGAGCUUGUCUGCACUAGGUAAGAUAGUCGCUGCACUUUCUAGUAAGGGAACUGCAGAAAUGAAAAGUGCAGACUCUGUGCAAGGGAGCCAAACCCCUAAGCAGCGCUCCGUGUCGUCGGCCAGCCAGACCCCGAGCAUUACCAAAGAUCCGCUAUACUGCGAUGACUUCAGCGACGAUGACAUCAAUUCGUCUGGCUGCUUCAGUAGCCGGAGCAGCAACGCAUCGACAAGGUCGCACUCUCCAAGCGUUAACUCGAUGAAGAGUGCAUCACGUGACAGUCUUUUGGACGAUUCCAUUAAGACACACAUUCCGUGGCGAGACUCGAAGCUGACUAGGCUCCUCAAGAACGUGUUGGGAGGGAAUUCUCGCGCUACUCUAAUGAUAAACAUCUCUCCGUCCAACGACAUGAUCCAGGAGACAGUUACUUCUCUCCUUUUCGGUCGCCGGGCGAUGAGUAUCGUGCAGGCACCUAAGGUGAAUGUCGCAGGCUCCAUGAAGGCCCUUUCAGAGCAGAUGCAGGCCGAGAUGAUAGAAUUGAAGGAGACCCUUACGAGGAAGGAGGAUGAAAAUACAAAACUGAAGACGUUUGUCGUUGAGCUAGAACGGACGAUAACAACCCUUAACGAUCAGUUGGAUGAGAAGAACAGAGACCUAGUGGAGACAGAAAAUUACUAUAAAGAGGUCUUAGCAAAAUUGCGGCCUAAGUCUAGUCGCACGUCAUGCGUAACUGAUGCGUCUGGUUCUGUGGACUCUCCUACAAUGCACCCUCUUUUUAAGAACGAGAUUUCCAUAUCCCCUCAUCACAGACAGUCUGACGAUGGCCCUCUGUUGGCAGAUCAUCACACGAGAAGUCCUGCAGACAGUGGGUUUAUGGAGAGGUUCAGUACGGGGGCAUCAAAGCGCCUUUCCGAUUGCGAUGCGAGUGCUGCCGAUCAUCCUGGUGUUGCUAAGGGUGUAACUGUUGACAGCAUAUCAACGUCGGUAGCUACCAAGGCUCUUCUAACAAGCAGAAAUGUAUACGAUGGGGUCCCCAGAUACAGCAGUGUCGAUCAAAAUGAUCUGGACUACGCCUCUGCUAUCUCAGGAUUGUGCUCUCCAGGCAGACAUUCUCAGCCUAGGAAGCGUGCCCCUCACAACUUCCGUGAUUCUACAUCUUCGACCGCUAUGCAGGAUGAGAGUUUUGCAUCUACAGCAAUGUCCCCUGUCGCAGGAUCUGGGAGCUUUCGUAACAACCGACCCAAUCUGCUUCGUCAAUCAAUCAGUAGUCAUAAAGCAGAUGCAGACUGGGAUAUUAAUCAGUUCCGCGCAGAGUACCAUGCCCUCCUUGCCAAGUAUCAACUACUCCAAACGAAACUGGAAGGUACACGGGACGGCUCUGUUGUCGACAACAAUCUUGGCGUCUCUGAAGACCUUAGCUCAUACAUUCAGCGCCUUGCAGUGGUGAAGUUCAUUAAUUACGCGGAAAGCUAUGGGGUCUCAUCUGUUCACACAGCAAAGCUAAACAAUUUGCUACUACAGUUUAAGGGAACUACAUCUAAUGCACUAAUCAGCAUUAUUAAGGAGUUGCUUAAGCUAGAGGUAUUAUUAUUGAUUGCAUCAGACAAUAAGGUUCAAAUGAAGGAUAUAAUGUCAGCCGCCAUCGCCAAUACAGCCCACCUAGCCCCAAGCGAUCUUCCAGGGCGGCAGAUCUCUACCUCCAUUCUUUCCACCUGCUCAAACCCUAACAACCCCCUUCCGGUAGACAGUUUUAUUUCUGAGGAUCUCUUUGCAUGGAUCAAGGAUAUAGACGAGAAUUCACUUUUAGACAAGAGCAAGUGUAAGCUGGCAGACGCCGUUCAAUCUAAUGUACCCCAGUCAUCAACCCUGGUUGGCUCUCAAAUAACUGUACGCUCUCAUAGCAACACAAAUUUGCGCGACCCUUCGAAGACAGGCAGCCGAGCUGGAUCUUCACUGCAGGGGGAUGUAGAUGCUGCAUCUGUGGGCACACAGACGGUACACACAGGUGAUGGUUUUGCCGUUUUGAGUAGCCAGGCUUUAAGUCCUAGAUCAUCGAACCCGAUAACCUUCAGAGACAAUGCGCCCAAGACGUCAAUACAGCAGUUUGAUAAGAUGAACUUAUACGAAAUAAAUAAGAUGUGUAACAACCUGUCCUCCGCAAAGACCCAGGCGGAUAUACCGCACACUAUCGUGGAGAGUCUGGCGAUUCAGUCCGUACGCCUUUUUGCAGACAUCGUCAAUUCGGUGAGCACUUCAACAAAUGCCACCAAGGCCAAUUUAUCCGCGUUUGAAACGGGGACAAACUGCUUGACGAGGAAUCUCGAGUUUUCAAAGCUCAUGGACACCAAUCUAUCAUCAUUGAAUAAUGACUUCACUCUUCUCCGUGAAAUAAUAAUAGUUUAUGAGCUGUACAUUGAGAAGUUGAUUGAGCUGAUGAGUGCGUCUUCUGCGAAUGACCAAAGCAAUAUGGACACUAGUGCAUUCAACUCUAUAUUAUCACAACUAUCUACCUCUCUCCAACUGUCGCCUAUGACGUGCCUCUCUGCGCUAGGGAGCCAACUCAGCCACUGCAAGACCCCAUCCGCCGCCAUUCGGGUAUUAGCAGACUACUUUAUGAACAAAGAAACGUCGCAUAUGGAGUAA